AUGAGCAACAAAACACCUACGAAACUCUAUGUUAUCAAGCGAGAUGGAAGGAAACAAGAAGUUCAUAUGGAUAAAAUCACUUCUAGAAUUCGAAAGCUAAGCUAUCGCCUUAAUAUGGAUUUUGUGGAUCCUAUAACCAUCACUUUGAAAGUGAUCAGUGGAUUAUAUCCUGGUGUUACCACAGUAGAACUUGAUACAUUGGCUGCUGAGACUGCUGCCAUGAAGACAGUGGAUCACCCAGAUUAUGCUACACUAGCUGCCAGAAUCACAGUUUCAAAUUUACACAAGGAAACUCAAAAACAGUUUAGUGAGGUAAUUGACGCUUUGUACAACAUGAUCGACAAACGUACCAACAAAAAAACGCCAAUGAUCUCGGAGUACCACCAUUCGAUCAUCAUGAAAAACGCCGAUCGCUUAAACUCUUGCAUCAUUUAUGACAGAGACUACUCCUACUCCUAUUUCGGUCUGAAAACCCUUGAACGAUCCUACUUGCUGAAAAUAAACGGUAAAAUAGUGGAGCGUCCUCAGCACAUGCUGAUGAGAGUGGCCGUAGGCAUUCACGGAGAAGAUAUUGACCGUGCUAUACAAACUUACAAUCUCCUAUCCGAGAAAUACUUCACUCAUGCCAGUCCCACACUGUUUUCCGCUGCCACACCUAAACCUCAGUUGUCCUCUUGUUUCCUGCUCAUGAUGCCAGAAGACACCAUAGAAGGUGUCUUCACUUGCCUCGAACGCUGCGCGUUCAUCUCAAAAUCUGCCGGUGGUAUCGGAAUAAAUGUCCACAAUAUCCGAGCUAAAGGAACUAGAAUCGGCGAAGAUAUGGAGUCCAAGGGACUUGUGCCUCUCCUAAGAGUAUUCAACAACACCGCGAGAUAUGUAGAUCAAGGAGGCAAUAAGAGACCAGGGGCUUUUGCUAUCUACUUGGAACCAUGGCAUGCUGACGUUCUAGAUUUCCUGAAUCUGAAGAAAAACACCGGGAAAACGGAGCUGCGAGCUAGGGAGUUAUUCUACGCGAUGUGGAUCCCGGAUUUGUUCAUGAAAAGAGUAGAAGCCAACGGAACGUGGUCUCUAAUGUGCCCACACAAGUCACCGGGUCUCUCGGACUGUUGGGGGGAAGAGUUCGAACAGCUCUACGAGAAAUACGAGAAAGAAGGUAGGUACGUUCGUCAACUGCCGGCUCAAGAAGUUUGGAAGGCUAUAACGGUGUCUCAGGUAGAAACCGGAACGCCUUACAUGUUGUACAAAGAUGCCUGCAACAGGAAAAGCAACCAGCAGAACCUCGGUACCAUCAAGAGCAGCAACCUCUGCACUGAAAUCGUCGAGUACACAUCGCCUGACGAGGUAGCCGUUUGUAACUUGGCCUCAAUCGCGGUCAAUAUGUUCGUAAACCCCGACAAGAAAACCUACAAUUUCCAGAAGCUCAGAGAAACCACCAAAGUAGUCACAGCCAACCUGGACAAAAUAAUAGACGUGAACUACUACCCUAUUCCAGAAGCUAAAACCUCGAAUAUGCGACACCGUCCGAUCGGUAUUGGAGUCCAAGGCUUGGCAGACGCUUUCAUACUUAUGCGCAUGCCUUUCGACAGCGAGAAAGCCUCGCUGCUCAACAAACAGAUCUUCGAGACCAUUUACUAUGCAGCUCUGGAAGCUAGCUGCGAAUUGGCCGAAAAGAAAGGGACCUACUCCACUUACGAAGGAAGUCCCGUAAGCAAAGGGAUUCUGCAAUACGAUAUGUGGAACGUCACUCCUACAGAUCUCUGGGAUUGGGCUGCUCUCAAAGCGAAAAUAGCCAAGCAUGGGGUGAGAAACUCGUUGCUUUUGGCUCCCAUGCCGACAGCUUCUACCGCUCAGAUAUUGGGCAACAAUGAGUCCAUCGAACCUUAUACCUCAAAUAUCUACACCAGAAGAGUUCUAUCUGGGGAAUUCCAAGUGGUAAACCAGCACUUGAUCAACGAUUUGACAGACAUAGGACUGUGGGACGACACCAUGAAGAAUCAGAUCAUCGCCAAUUUAGGUUCGAUCCAGAACAUUCCUGGCAUACCGGACGAUCUCAAGGCCAUGUACAAGACGGUGUGGGAGAUAUCUCAGAAAGUUAUCUUGAAUAUGGCCGCCGACAGGGGCGCUUUCAUCGAUCAAAGCCAGAGCUUGAACAUCCAUAUCGAGAGGCCCAGCUAUGGAGCGUUGACCUCGAUGCAUUUCUACGGGUGGAAAAAGGGUCUGAAAACGGGGAUGUAUUAUUUGAGGACCAAGGCUGCGGCGAAGCCCAUCCAGUUUACGGUUGACAAGAGUAAGCUCAUUGUUAAGGAGCAGGGGGCUGAGAAUGAGGUUCACGCGGCUGAGAAUGGGGUUGGUGUUGCCGAAAAUGGGGUUAAUGUUGCUGAGAAUGGGGUUAGUGUUACUGAGAACGGGCAUGCACAGGGUGAGUCGAAGUUUAUUCAGAAUGGGCACUGAGAA